CAAUUCCGUAGAAACAUUAGCACGUCAGUGAGAGGGAGCGACGUGGUAAUGGUUACUUCAGACAGAGAGUAAUCAUUUGCAAGUUUAUUUUUUUAGUUGAAACUUGCAAGUUUCCUUUUUUGAGAAAUUGCAAUUUAUUUAUAUCACAAAUAAAUAGGUUUGAUUUAUACUAAAUCACUUGGAUUUAUCUGCAAAACAAAAACAAAAGCAGUGUGAAUCUGUGGGUCGCACUGCAUCAUCAGAAAACGAUGGAUCAGUUCAAAGGACAACCUCGUCUUCCCAAAUUCGCCGUUCCUAAACGUUACGACAUUAGGCUCAAACCCGACCUCAUCGAAUGCCGUUUUUCAGGUUCCGUCUCCGUUAAUCUCGACAUCGUCAUCGCCACCACUUUCAUCGUUCUCAAUGCCGCUGAACUAUCCGUCACUAACGACUCCGUUUCAUUCACCAAUCGCGAUUCGUCUAAGGUUUUUAAACCUUCUAGAGUUGAAUUGUUUGAAAAUGAUGAAAUUCUGGUAUUGGAGUUUCCGGAGGAAAUACCUGUUGGAUUGGGUGUAUUAUCUAUUCAGUUUGAAGGAAUAUUGAAUGAUAAAAUGAAAGGUUUUUAUAGAAGUAAAUAUGAGCACAAUGGUGAGAAGAGGAAUAUGGCAGUUACACAGUUUGAACCAGCUGAUGCUAGACGAUGCUUUCCUUGUUGGGAUGAACCUGCUUGCAAGGCUACUUUCAAGAUCACAUUGGAUGUGCCUUCAGACCUUGUAGCUCUCUCCAACAUGCCCAUUGCUGAAGAAAAAAUUGAUAGAAAUCUCAAAACAGUUACAUACCAAGAAUCACCAAUCAUGUCUACAUACUUGGUUGCUGUUGUUGUUGGUUUAUUUGAUUAUGUGGAAGAUCAUACUUCCGAUGGGGUCAAAGUCCGAGUGUAUUGUCAAGUUGGUAAGGCAAACCAAGGGAAAUUCGCACUUGAUGUUGCUGUGAAAACUUUGGGACUAUACAAAGAUUACUUUGACACUCCCUACACACUGCCAAAAUUGGAUAUGAUUGCAAUACCUGAUUUUGCUGCUGGAGCCAUGGAGAAUUAUGGCUUGGUUACAUACCGGGAGACUGCUUUACUCUAUGAUGAUCAGAAUUCUGCUGCUGCUAACAAACAGAGGGUUGCAAUUGUUGUAGCUCAUGAACUAGCACAUCAGUGGUUUGGCAAUCUUGUUACAAUGGAGUGGUGGACACAUUUAUGGCUGAAUGAGGGUUUUGCAACAUGGGUGAGUUACUUGGCAGCUGAUGGCUUGUUUCCUGAGUGGAAAAUAUGGUCUCAAUUUCUUCAUGAAUGUACUGCGGGUCUUAGGUUGGAUGGGCUCGCAGAAUCCCACCCGAUUGAGGUGGAGAUAAAUCAUGCACGCGAGAUUGAUGAAAUAUUUGAUGCAAUAAGUUAUAGAAAAGGUGCAUCUGUGAUUAGGAUGCUGCAAAGCUAUCUUGGCGCUGAAUGCUUUCAGAGGUCACUAGCUUCAUAUAUAAAAAGGCAUGCUUGCUCAAAUGCUAAGACUGAGGAUCUAUGGGCUGCACUUGAGGAAGGAUCUGGUGAACCUGUGAAUAAGUUAAUGACGUCAUGGACAAAACAGCAAGGAUAUCCUGUUGUAACUGUUAAAGUCAAUAAUCAGAAUUUGGAGUUUGAUCAGUCACAAUUUUUGUCAAGUGGUGCUCAAGGGGAAGGCCAUUGGAUUAUUCCAAUAACCCUAUGCUUUGGCUCAUAUGAUGUCCGCAAGAAUUUCCUCUUGCAAACAAAAACGGAAACACGUGAUGUUAAAGAGUUACUGGGUUCCCAGAUUGCUGACAAGGGUGGAAAUUCUUGGAUUAAACUUAAUGUGGAGCAGGCUGGUUUCUACAGGGUGAAAUAUGAUGAACUGCUUGCAGCUAAACUUAGACAUGCAGUGGAGAAACAGUUGUUAUCUCCAUCAGACCGGUUUGGAAUUUUGGAUGAUACAUAUGCACUUUGUAUGGCUGGCAAAGAAUCAUUGACCUCCUUGAUUAACUUGAUGGGAGCUUAUAGGGAGGAAGUUGAUUAUACUGUGCUGUCUAACCUGAUUUCUAUAAGUCAUAAAGUUGGAUCUAUUGCAGCUGAUGCAGUUCCAGACUUACUAGAUUAUUUCAAACAGUUCUUUGUUAACCUUUUCCAGUUCUCUGCCGAGAGGCUCGGUUGGGAUCCUAAACCAGGUGAAAGUCACGAUGAUGCAUUGCUGAGAGGAGAAAUUUUGACUUCCCUUGCCGAGUUUGGGCAUGAUCAGACACUGGAUGAAGCAAGCAAGCGGUUUCAAGCAUUCUUAGAAGACAGAAAUACUCCACUUCUUCCACCUGAUAUAAGAAGGGCAGUUUAUGUGGCUGUAAUGAAACGGGCAAGCAAAUCUAACCGAUUGGGUUAUGAAUCCCUUCUGAAAGUAUACAGAGAAACUGACCUUAGUCAAGAGAAAACACGUAUUCUUGGCUCACUGGCUUCUUCACUUGAUCCAGAUCUAAUUCUUGAAGUUCUUAACUUUAUGUUAUCUUCCGAGGUUCGGAGUCAGGAUGCUGUUUUUGGACUUGGUGUCAGUCAGGAAGGAAGAGACGUGGCUUGGGCGUGGCUUAAGGAAAAUUGGGAACACAUCUCAAAAACAUAUGGUGGUGGAUUUUUAAUAACUCGCUUUGUCAGUGCAGUUGUCUCACCGUUUGCUUCACUUGAGAAGGCCAAGGAAGCAGAGGAUUUCUUUGCUAGCCAUCCUAUGCCAUCCAUUGCUAGAACUUUGAAGCAGAGCCUUGAGCGCGUGAAUAUAAAUGCAAACUGGGUUCAGAGUGUUCAGAAUGAGAAAAGUCUUGCUGAUGCUAUAAAGGAGUUGGCAUACAGGAAAUACUAGGCCAUGCUUCCCCUUGUUUGACGUGCAGUUUCGUAUCAUAUAAUAAUGGUUGUGACCUUAUGACUUUCUCCAUUCUGUCGCAUUUGUGUCGCUCAAAGGCAUGGCCUCGAGCUUGGCCGGCUGCUGAUCUAUAAAAAUUGGUUAAAUAUCUUUCAUGUGUUCAAAUUUUGCUUGCUAUAUAAAUGGUCAAGUUUAUAACUGUCAUGUCAGUCUCUUUCCUCUUUUGUGUCCAUUCUCUUACACUCCUCUCAUGAACACCAUCUCGGAAUGAGCAGGAGACGACACCCACUUUGCACUCUGUAUAGAACUUGCAGUACAAGUUUUGAACCAUCAUACUCUAACAUUCCUCUCUUGAAUCUCAA